AUGGAUGAGAAUGGACUCGAUAAUUCCUCUAUCAACAAAUUAAUACCCGAGAUCUUCGAUCAAAUGCGUUCGAAUCUUAGUCUGGGACCAUCUGGGAAAAACAUGAAACCCUUCCUUUCAGCAAGCACAACGUCUUCGAGCAUGACUGCACAAUCGCUUUUGGAAGAAAACAAGUGUCUCGACGAAAUUAUACCUGUCAUACAGACUCUGGAGUCAUCACUACGAUCAGCAGGACCGCAGCACCUCAAAAGAAUCAGGGAAACGUGCGAGUCUUCCAAUAAGAUUCUGGAUUCGUGGAUCCGGAUUCAGUCACAAGCUGGCUACGCUUAUGAACUCAUGGAUGACAAGUCAUAUCUGGAAUAUGUCGUUGCUGCCCAGCAAAACGCAGCUUUGACACCACAGGCGUAUCUUGAACAAAAACAAGCGCAAGUAGCAGAUCUGAGGCGAACACUAGACGAGAAGAUAAAGUCUCGAGAAAAUGCAUAUGCCGAGGAAAAGCAGCGGCAAAUGAACGAAAAUAAUCCCGCAAAACGGGAGAGAAGGUACGGCGCCGCGAGUAGAGCGCCCACGCGGGGGAACAUGAAAAAGCCAAGUGGAAUUCCUAGAAGCACAUCGAGAAUUACCAAACCAUCUGCAAGAGCUGUGCGUCCGACUGACCGCGCUCCUCGCUAG